AUGAUCCGUACCCUCCCCACACUCCGUCCGCCUCUAACCCGUCUCUUCUCCGGCAUCGCCCCCUCGAGAUGGGGCCAGGACGCGAUGCCGGAGCACCACUCUCCCGAUACCCUCCGACCCAAAGCGAAAGCAGCCCUAACCCCCCCGCCACCGGCAUUCAGUCGCGCCGAACUGAACGCCAUUCGCUCCAGGCUUGAUGACGCGCCGACGAUGCCGCUGGACGAGAUGCCGCCGCAUACUUGCAAGUUUGACAAGCGGCCACCCAGGGAUUCGGGGGUGCUUAUUCCGCUGGCUAAUAUUGGGGGUGUCGCGCAUAUUAUUGUCGAGUUGCGGGCGGCGGCAUUGAGGGUGCAUGCGAGUGAGGCUAGCUUCCCGGGCGGCAAGGUCGAGGAAGGGGACGCCAACGUCGUGCAGACUGCCCUGCGCGAGACGGAAGAAGAGCUCUCGCUCCCCAUGGCCAACAUAGAAGUCCUGGGCGCCCUUACGCCCGAGUACUCACUCGGAAACAAGGCGCGGGUGUGGCCUAUCAUUGGCUUCGUCCAUCCCUCGGACGCAAUCGACGCCGCAACCGAAUCCGCAAUCUCAGGCGACGCAACCGCCCGCAACCCCCUCCCCUCCAUCAACCUCUCCACCCUCCACCCCGACCCCGGAGAGGUGAGCGGCCUCAUCCCCCUCCCCCUCUCAGCUGUUGCCGAUCCGUCGCGUCAAGCAGCCCACUACUUUCGCCUGGACGGGCGCAGGCCGUACUGGAAGAUCCGGUGUGGUGACCUCAUCCACCCGCCGCCAGAGGAGGACAUGUCGCUCGAGGUGUGGGGUCUUACGGGGUGGUUCCUCACGCGCUUUGCGGAACAGAUGGGAUGGAGUGAUAGGCCGCCGGUUAGUCUGCCUCCGACUGACGACUAG